AUGAAAACUUCCUCCUGGCACCUGCCGACCGCGCUCCGGCCCUGCCUGAUCUGCAGCUCACCUGGUCGAGCUCCGGGGCCCGCCACCCUCGCGGACCCCCGGCCCAGUCUUUGGGUCCGGAAGCCCCCCACAGCAGCACGCGGUGACCGCGGGGCAGGCUGGGCCGCGCAUGCUCAUUGCAGGUUGGCGCCGCCCCGGCCCUGGAGAGGCGGCGGAGACCCACCUGCGGGUGGUGAGCGCGGGGUGGUGCGGAGGCUGGACUCCGAGCCGGCGGGACACUGCGGCAGGGGGCGUAGGGGCUGGGCGUCCCGCCGGGCUGCAGCGGCCCCUGCCGGAGACCCGGAGCCCUGGCCCGGCUUGCGAGGGAAAGAGUCCCCAGUCCUCUGGCUGGAUCACACACCAGGACAAGACAUGUUGGGGACAUUUUCCCCCGAAACACUACUUCAAAUAAUGGAAAGACCAAAUGCCAGGGACAGAGGCCAGAUCAGUAGUUGCCAGAAGUUAAAAGUGGGAGAAGCUGUGGCUACAGACAGCAGGCGGGAGUUCAUCGUGGUGAUGAAAACUCAACAAGAGGAGACCAGCAUCUCAAAGGAUCACUGGGACCUCCCAGCAGGAGCAAUGCCCAGAUCCCACUGCAGAAAGAACACCUCUGUCGCCACCACCGGGAAACAGCUCUGCACUUGGACCAUGGAAGCUGCUUAUUCAGGACAUGCAGGCAAUCCCAGACGCCUCUCUCACUGCCCAAGAAGAUGAACUACUGCAUCCUCUGUCCCUGCUGGAGGGAGUUCUUUCUGGUCCCUUCUUUUCAUCACUAGUCCUCUUUUCAAAGGCAGAGUAGGUGCCCCUGAUUGACAGAACCUCAGUCCUGUGGCUGUGUCCAGAGAAAGCCAGUACCUUGCAUUUUCACCUGCUAGAGGUGAGGGCUGAUUCUGCCUCCCACUAAAACUCAUAAGGUGGGAGAGUUUCCCAAACACAGGAAAGAGGUACAGGCACCAAGCAGCAGAAAAGAAAAAUAACACCUACUGUCACAGCAAGCGCCACACCCUGCAAAGAGCUGCUUUAAAUUGGCCUCUUUGGGUCUGGAAAUGCUUCCAAUUACAGUGGCCAUGCCCACACAUUUUCUAAAAUGUGAAGACAGGUGACAGGAUAUCCACAUGCCCAUGUGUCUCUUCCGCAUACUCCCCUACAGUUUCCAGACAGGCCCUUACACACUCCAGUUAGCAUUUUCUGCUGCAGAGUAUUUCAUAACAUGAUUUUUUUCUUUCUGCCUCCUUAGUCAAUAAAAGCUAAAAGCAAUGAGGAAACCGAACACUUUUUGACACAUAAAAAGGCAGUUUUGAAUCACACAGCACAUCCUCACAAGACACCCAAAUGUGAGUAGUAGGCAAGUUCAUGAGUAUCCACUUUGAUGUAUUUGUCCUUUGGCAAAAACACUUGCCUUAAAUUUCACACAACUCCAAAAUGGUGCCUAUGUUUUAUAGUUCAUUUCCUCUAUGGUAGUUGGCUAUCAUGCUUCAUUUAAGCUAUCCAUACAUUGCUGCAGGAGAGAUUUUUAUAGCACUUUACAUGUCCUAAGUGCUUUCAAGUCCUUAAUGAGAUAGUCUUCCCUGAACCUUCAGGUCAACGUUAACAUCUUCUGUUUUAAAUGUAGCCACCCGGACAUAGGGGUUAAGUGACUGGGCCAAAGUUUAGGGAGUGAGGUAGUGUCAAACCUGGGAUUGCAGGAUCCAAUUGAAAAUUCCAACACUGUAUCAUCCACUGGAAGAAGGCUGUGCUAAACCCAAACCACUUUAAAAGUCAAAAUCAACACAAAGAUGAAGUGCUGAGCUGAUUGUUUUUGAAGCUUGGCUUAGGGGAGUGCUGACCAGGAAAGGGCCUAAAACCUCACUGCUAUAAGCCUUCUAAAUCCAUCCAGAUAGCACCUUUACCACAGACACUGAAACUGUCACUGGAAAUAUUUCUCCCUGUGUUUUCAUAUAUUCACACUCAUAUUCUAAAAAUGACCUUUUUAGGGAUUAAUGAAAGAUGGUGUAAACGGUGUAAACUCUGGGUCACUAAAAUUGAUAUUAAAAAAAUGUUUACCUUAAUAAAAUCUGUAUUUUAUUUAAGCUAUUAGCUAUUAGUGGUUGAAAGCUAAUACUCCAUUAGUCUCUUAACAGGGUCAUUUAAAAUAUAUUUGACUAAAACACUACACCUUUUUGUAGGACUCUCAGUCAAGGGGAGGGUAAAGCACCGAGACGACUCCUAGGAUGCUGUGCAAUAUUAAUGAUUGCUACCUGUGGGCUUUAGAGUCACAAUAUUGCCCGUCUUCCAAAUUCAUCUUAUGCUCUUCAGGCUGAGGGAAAGGUCUAGAGAGGGAUUCCAAUUCAGUUCUUGCAUUUCAGAGAGCCCUACACUUAAGCAAUAGUGAUUUAAUGAGAAAAUCCAAGAACCUAGAUCACUUUCUAGCCUAGUAGAAAAGGCUUCUAGCUCUUUCGUCUUGGCCGCUGACAUGCCACCCAGACUUAGGAAGACCCAGAAGCUUCGGGGGCCACGUGAGCCACGACCACGGCUGUAUCCGCAAGCACAGGAAGCCCCCAGGAGACCGAGGUAAUGCUGGCGGCAGGCAUCAUCACAGGAUCAACUUCAACAAAUAUCAUCCAGGUUACUUUGGGAAAGUUGGUAUGAGGCAUUACCACUUAAAAGAGGAACCAGAGCUAUUGCCCAACUGUCAACCUUGAUAAAUUGUGCACAUUGGUCAGUGAGCAGCACAGGUAAAUGCUGCCAAAAACAAGACUGGAGUUGUUCCCAUUAUUGAUGUAGUACAAUCGUGCUACUACAAAGUUCUGGGGAAGGGAAAACUCCCAAAGCAGCCAGUCAUUGUGAAGGCCAAAUUCUUCAGCAGAAGAGCUGAAGAGAUUUGGGCUUGUGUCCUGGUGGCUUGAAGCCACAUAGAGGGGAGGUUCAUUAAAUGCUAUUUCCUUGUGGUCUGAAAAAAAAAGAAAGAAAAGGCUUCUGCCUAAAUUGACUUCUUUGUCACUCACAUUUUGUCUUCUGAGUGCCACCUAAUUUUCUGAGGUCUUCAACUGUCAGUUGUUGACUUCUGAGCUGGCAUAAUGCAACAUGGUUAGAGAAAGCAAGUAUUUAUUUAGUUAUUUGACCCAAAGAAGGUAGGAACGUAGCCUGUUGAGUGUGCAUUAACAAAACUCACCAGGUAAACUAAUGAAACGUCAUUUUCUAAAUUGACUGUGGAAUAAUCCAGAUGCCAGCUCAAAAAGAAAACAAGUGACUUUGGGCCUGCCACAUUUCACAGUUCAGGUCCCAAAAGGCCAGCAGAAGUGACUGUUGAAAGAAAAACACUCAGCUGGAAGACUGGCCUCACAUCACAAGCCCAGCAUGGGGUGUAUUUCCUGGUUGGUUAAAUUGGUGAAUUGGAUAGAUAGUUUUCUAACUUUUUUUUAAGUUGUGGAAUCUUUUCUUCAUAUGAAUCCUGCAAAUCUGAUAUGCAGGACAUCCCAGACUUAAAGAUGCAUGUAACAGAUAUGAUUACAAAACACAAGUCACAGAACAGUAGCAGUAUAAGAUGAACAUUCUUUUAGGGACAUUUAGCAUUCAAUGAAGCUGACAGGAACAUUUAAUUAGCCAUGUAACAACUGCUUUGUCUCUGACAAAAUAUUAAACUGGGAAAACUGUGUUCUUCUUUAGGCAAAAUGAAGUUCCUAUUUUUUUUUUUUUUAAUGUCUAUCUACUUUUGGGAACAUAUCUCAACAAUAAAAACUAACAUUGAGGAAAGGCUUAGUAUGUGCCAGACACUGCUAAGUGUGGUACGUACUGCUGUAUUCAGAGCUUCUGUCACAAGAGGGAGAAAUCUCAUGCUGGCUUAUGGAAAAGAGAACUUGGGUCACACAUAGUAGAAAGACACUACAAAAAUGGUAAAGUGCAGGGACCUAACCUCUUUCAUCUCUUUUUGGUUUUAUUUUCAGGCAGGCUCUCUCAACGUGGUGUUAAAAAUGCCUCCCAGCUGUUCUGGGUUUACAGAACAGGGAAGAGAAUCCUUUCCUGUGGGCAUACAAAAUAGGGGCUGAAUCUCAUUGGUUUAGCUUCGGUCACAUGACUAACCACUGGGCCAGCAGGCUGGACUAUCCUGAUUGGCCAGACUUGGGUCACAAGUCCUGCCAUAGAAAGCAGAGAGGUUGGGUCAGUUCUAUCUGUGCCACAUGUAGUAAAUAAGAAUAGAAGAGAUGAUCCCUCAAGAGGAAAUUAAGAUGCUGUUGGCUAUGUGGCCUUAGCUUUUUUGCUUGAUUUCUCUGAGCCUUAGUUUGUUUAUCUGCAAAAUGGGCAUAAUAGUAACUCCUGUUUCACAGAAUUAAAUAAAAUGACAUAUACAAAGCAUUCAUUGUGAUACUUGGCACAUAAUAAGCUUGUGUUGAUGUUAAUAUAUUGUCUUGUGAUAAUGGCAAAAAUUUUCACUACUAAUUUGUUAUUACUAGUAUUAAUUAUUUUGAGUCUCACUUCAAAGUCCAUACCUAUGUAAAAAUAUGAAUAUAUUUUGUCAAUAAUUAUUGGCAAAGUUAGA